AUGGUAGAGCCGACCAACAAGAAGAGAAAGAUUGAACCCGUCAACGGCCAUGGUCACGGUCAACCUGCUCUUGCCAAACAGGAGAGUUUCUCCGCUGUGUUGGAACAGCUGGAAGCUGAGGAGGAUGCCUCAGGAGAUAGCAUAGAAACGUCUGCCGCGUGGCCUCGUCCUGCAGCACCCCGCCUAAACACCCAGACAGAGUCAAUAGCAUUCCAGCAGAUAGAGCUGGAAGAAGCUACCGAUCCAAAACAUGGGCCCACUAUUCGUUUGUUCGGAGUAACGCAAAAAGGAAACUCGGUACUAGCACAUGUGUAUGGAUUCAAACCGUAUUUCUACGUUGCUGCACCACAGGGGUUCCUCAACAAAGAUCUAGAGCCUCUUAAGGAUACAAUAAAUCAAAUGUUCGCCUCUUUCGGAUUGACAGUGACAAAUUGUGCCAUCUUUAAUCGGAGGUCGCUGUGGGCAUAUAGAGGGGAUGAGACUGUACCGUUCAUCAAGAUCACUUGCGCGGAUCCGAAGAAUAUAUCGAAAGUGAAAGAUGAGGGACAAAUAGAUUUCAAUGGUUUGUUCGAUACUGAGGUCCUCACUUACGAGAGCAAUAUUGCAUAUUCACUUCGUUUCAUGAUCGAUACAAAGGUCGUCGGUAUGAACUGGGUAGAAGUGAAAGGAGGGAAAUACGAGUUAUUAGAAGGCAAGGAUAAGAGAUCAAGGUGUCAAUAUGAAGUCGCGUGCGACUAUAAAAACCUGAUAUCACAUGCACCUGAAGGAGACUGGCUUAAGAUCGCGCCCUUAAGAGUAUUAUCUUUCGAUAUCGAAUGUGCAGGUAGGAAAGGUAUCUUCCCAGAAGCUCAGAUAGAUCCUGUCAUCCAAAUUGCCGCGAUGGUCACUAGACAAGGUGAGACCAAACCAUUCAUUCGAAAUGUAUUUACCCUCAACACCUGCGCGCAUAUCGUUGGAUCGCAAGUAAUGGAAUUCAAAGAUGAACGACAGCUACUGUUAGAAUGGAGGAAAUUUGUAGAAACGGUUGAUCCAGAUAUGAUCAUUGGUUAUAACAUUGUCAAUUUCGAUUUACCAUAUCUACUGGAUAGGGCAAAAGCUCUCAAGGUGCCGGACUUUGCUUUCCUCGGUCGAUUACUAGGUGUACGUUCGGAAGUGAAAGAGACUCAUUUCUCAUCCAAAGCGUAUGGUCAAAGAGACUCAAAAGCGAUCAAUAUCGAUGGUCGACUACAACUUGAUAUUCUACAAGUGAUGCAGAGAGAUUACAAAUUACGAAGUUAUACCCUCAACGCGGUUUGUGCUCAGUUCUUGGGCGAACAGAAAGAAGAUGUACAUCAUUCGAUCAUUACAGAGUUGCAGAAUGGUACAGCUGAUUCAAGAAGAAGAUUGGCCGUCUACUGUCUGAAGGAUGCCUACCUUCCACAACGAUUGAUGGACAAAUUGAUGUGUUUCGUCAAUUACACCGAGAUGGCGCGUGUUACAGGUGUACCGUUCAAUUAUCUCUUAGCUCGAGGUCAACAAAUCAAGGUCAUCUCGCAAUUAUAUCGAAAUGCCGGAGAAGCAGGAUAUAUCAUUCCAGCACUGAAGAGCGAAGGUACGGAUGAACAGUACGAAGGUGCGACUGUCAUUGAACCCACAAAAGGAUUCUACGAUGUACCCAUCGCAACAUUGGAUUUCGCCUCGCUAUAUCCUUCCAUCAUGAUGGCCCAUAAUCUAUGUUAUACCACCCUGUUAGACAAGAAUACGAUUGAUAGGUUGAAAUUGGAAGAAGGGAAAGAUUACGUUCAUACGCCGAAUAAUGAUUACUUCGCUACCACAAAUCGAAGGAAGGGUCUUCUACCUACAAUUUUAGAGAAUUUGUUGGGUGCUCGUAAGAGGGCUAAGCAAGAUUUGAAAGUCGAAAAAGAUCCGUUCAAGCGAGCGGUAUUAGAUGGUCGUCAGUUAGCUUUGAAAAUCAGUGCAAACUCUGUAUAUGGUUUCACCGGUGCCACUGUUGGUAAAUUACCUUGUCUGGCUAUAUCAUCGAGUGUAACAGCCUACGGAAGACAGAUGAUCGAAGCCACCAAGAAAGAAGUGGAAUCGCAGUAUUGUAUCGAAAAGGGAUAUGAUCACGAUGCCAAAGUAAUUUAUGGUGAUACCGAUUCUGUAAUGGUCAAAUUUGGUUGUCCGGAUUUACCGACUGCUAUGAGAUUAGGAGCCGAAGCUGCUGAUUUGGUAUCGAGUAAAUUCAUCAGACCGAUCAAACUAGAAUUCGAAAAAGUAUAUUUCCCCUAUCUGUUGAUUAGCAAGAAAAGAUACGCAGGAUUGUACUGGACCAAACCAGAGAAAUAUGAUAAGAUGGAUACGAAAGGUAUCGAGACUGUCAGAAGAGAUAAUUGCCGAUUGGUAUCUACUGUCAUUGAGACUUGCCUAUUCAAAAUGCUCAUCGAUAGGGAUGUCAAAGGCGCCGAAGAAUAUGUCAAACAAACCAUCUCCGAUCUCCUGCAGAACAAAGUAGACAUGUCUCAAUUGGUGAUCACAAAAGCAUUGGCAAAAGCGGAUUAUGCGGCCAAGCAGGCCCAUGUGGAAUUGGCUGAGCGAAUGAGGAAAAGAGACGCAGGUUCGGCACCUUCACUCGGUGAUCGAGUUGCUUAUGUGAUCAUCAAAGGAGUGAAAGGUGCAGCUGCGUACGAGAAAUCUGAAGAUCCAUUAUAUGUCUUGGAACACAACGUACCGAUAGAUACCAGAUAUUACUUGGAAAACCAACUUUCGAAACCGCUUAUGAGGAUUUUCGAGCCGAUCUUGGGAGAAAAGGCGAACAGUCUGUUGGCGGGUGAUCACACGAGAACUAUCCAGAUCGCCACCCCGACUAUAGGAGGGUUGAUGAAGUUCGCUGUAAAGACAGUUACGUGUUUGGGAUGUAAGACCCCUUUGAGGAGUAAUAGAGACGGAGCAGUCUGCGUCAAUUGUCGACCGAAAUUACCUGAAUUAUACCAAAAGCAAGUGGUCCAAACUUCUGCCCUGCAAAUUGAUUUCGCAAGAUUAUGGACUCAGUGUCAAAGAUGUCAAGGGUCUUUACAUCAGGACGUAAUUUGUACGUCGGCUGAUUGUCCGAUAUUUUACAGAAGGACUGCAAGACAAAAGGAAGUGGCGGCUGCUGUUACCCAGUUAGAUAGGUUUGAAAAAGAGGCUUUCUGGUGA